ACAGCCGAAGGGUACCGAAGUCAACUUCGGGUGCCAAUCGGGAGGGAGCCUGUGGUGCUGGAAGUGCGGGAAAGAUGGCGGGUAUUUGGGAUGAGGUCGUGGACCAUAACCAAACUGCUGAGUUUUGCAGAUUGCUUGGAGUCGAGGUGGAUGCAGCGUUAGAGGACAUCACAAAGGCAUACAGACAAAAGGCAUUGAAGUGUCAUCCUGACAAGAUUUUCAGGGUGAAGAGGCGUGGGAAUAUUUUGAUGAAGAAGAUGAUCCAGAAAGUUUUGCAGAGUUUUUAUUCUUUUUGGUUCUGAGGGACCUUUACAGAAGUGGGUAUCAACCAUCAGAGAAUGAUGAGUAUUUCAUCUUCACACGUUUGAACAAGAAAUUCAGGCGGUACAGAACUGAAGAUGAGGACUUCACAGAAGAGGAGCUGCAAAGACUUCAUUGCAACAAGGACUGCAGCAAGGAUAAGGCACCAGGAAAGAAAAAGAGGGGAAAAAAGAAGACGCAGCUGGACAAACCGUCACAAAAUGCGCAGCAGAGUCGUCCAAAGAAAACAAAAAAGCAGCUAAAAGCAGAACAGUACAAGAGAGAGCAGGAAAUCAAGAAGUUGGCUGAGGAGAUUGAGAAGAGGAAUGCUGAAGAGCUGGAACGUCUGAAGAGACAGAAGGAGAAGGAAAAGUCUGCCUCCAUGAGGCAUGAUGCAGACAAACUGUUCAGUGACUUGUCCUGUGCAGAGACGAAGGUUGGUAGGAAAACUCAGCCAAGUUUGCCCCAGGCAAAUGCAGAGUUUGAGGGGAGUGCAGAUGACCCACGCAGUAGUGCCCACACAGAGGAAAGGGAUGCACGGGUUAGCCCACGGGAGCUGCGGAGACAAAAGAAAGAGAGAAAGAAGCAGGAAAAGGAAGCACAUUUGAAGAUGAAGAUGAAGACAGCCCUAGACACUCCGGAUGCCAAGAGUCCAAAGUGUACUACCAUCAACACUACAGAGGAGCACACUACAGAGGACUUACAGCAAGAAGCCUCUAGUGUGGUUGAUACAGAUGUGCGGAAGGCAAAGCUAGAUGCUUUCAAAGCCAAGUGUCUGGCACAGAAGAAACAAGAUGUUAAGCCUCCCAAACAGGAUCUAUUAUCAACUGAGUCAAAACUUUCAUCACAUGUUGAUGUGAGUUGCUCAUCUACAACUACUCAAGGCAUCAGGGCACCAGCACCCCAAAUCUGUGAUGAAGUACUGCUGGAGAGACAUAUGCAACAGUACCAUGAGCUGAUGAAACAGCAACCACGGAGCCACACACAGAUUCAACUGAGUGUGGAGAGACAGCCAGAAUCGAUGCACACUUGGACAAACCAGGAGAAAAAAGGCGAACACAACCAUGAAAAUUGGCAGGAGUUACGGCGCUCGGUGUUGCAGCGGGAAAAAGAGCGGGAACUGCAGAGGAACAGGCAGGAGCAGGAGACGCUGCGGCGAGAGAAGACGUCACCACACAGUACAUCAGAGGAAUGGGCUGGACCCUCUGGCAACACUGAUGAUACACAGGAUAUGUGGGAUUCCCCUGGGCAGGCAGCAGCCGGCAUGGCCAGCGGGUACAACCAUUCCAGUCAGCCGCGAGGGGAAAGGUGUCAUCCUGGAGGCAGUGGACCUGUGUAUGAGGAAGUGUGGGAGGAGUCAGAGUGGGAGGAACAACACCAGGCCCCUCCAACAUCCCAAGCCUGGAGGAACACCAAACCUGCCCCUCCACCUGCUGUCAACCGCUGGCAGGAAAGACUGGAGUUGAUGUCCCUCUGCCCGAGAACUGAGCAGGAUGAAGAGGAAAUGUUAAGGAAAGCGAUCGAGCUCAGUCAGCAACAAGCCCUGGAGGAUGAGCAUCGCAGACAGGUGAAGUUUGAGAAGAUGAUAGAAGAACAGAAGAGGAAACAGAAUACGUUGGCAGCUGACCAGUUUCCCUCCAUCAGUGCACAGUCCAGGAGAGAUCAACCUUACAACAUGGCUAGCCAACAGGACUUUCCACCAAUAAGAAAUGGAACAUCUACGGAUGUUAGACAAGCAGGGUCCAGCUUUGCAACUUGUGCCAGAAAGUCAAAGGCCCAAUGCCUAGAAAGUCUGCCAAGGUCCCAUGUUGGGAUGGGUAUGCCAGUCAGUGAGGAUUGGGAAUCAGAUCUAACAGAGGUAGUUCCCCACCCACCCCCGACAAAUGAGAUUACAGGGCAACAUAAACCCAUGCAGAGACCCAGUAGUUCUCUGUCAUCAGCCAAUCCCAUUCCUCACAACACAUCAACGAAGCCAAACCUUGUAAAUCCAGACGAUAACGUUACUGAGAACACCACGUGGCUUCUCUCUGGGAAGUCUGUAUCAGACCAAACGUGGGAAGCCACUGGAGAUGAAGCUGUUUCUAGAGAAAGUGUGAAAACGGACAACUUUGGUUGUUUUGGGUCAGCUGGCAAAAGGGUGUCAAUCUCAAGCAGCGACGAUAGUGGAGGUACCAUCUUUCACAAUACACCCCACCAUGGUGGGAACACAGACAGAAAGGACAAUGGACAUGUGUUCAGCAGUUCCAAUGUAGAUGUGAACAUUGUAAGUCAAAGUGAACAGGCUACUUUGACAAGUAAAACAAGUGGCCUUGAUUGCCCCAGGGAGAAUGGUCCAGCCAGGGAAAUAUUCCCCAAUGUACAAAAGAGUCCACCAAAGAGGCACCUGUCUGGUUGUGGAGACUCAGAAGACAGCAACAAGUCUCUCAAGGCAGAGGCAAGAUGUGCAUUCGCAGGAAAUCCCUCUGCUGUCUUCCCUUUUAGUGCAGCACAUCCAGAAGGUUUCUCCCAACUCAGGAAUAUGGCAGCUCAACCACAAGUCAGCGCACCCCCAGGUUUGCCUGCUCCUCCAACCAUUCCAGGAGUGCACAUCAAGGUCCCUUCUGGGUUUAAUGAGCCUGAGAUUGGUCCUUUGAGGAACCCGUCUCCUCCCCAGUCGGACAGUGUAGGUGUGAACAACUCCUUCCCUCCUCGGAUGACUCCGCUUCCAGUGGCCGUGCCACCGCCUGGCGUCCUGCCAGGUAUUCCACCCACCAUGUUCCCUCCCUACCCUGGCUACCCAGCAUUCCCAGCUUACCCCUUCCCCGGCAUGUACCCCUACCUCCCCAUGCCAGCUAUGCAGUCCCCUGUGUACAUGUACUCCCUCCAACAAGUGCAGCGCGGGAUAGGCAAGUUGUCCAGCAAUGGUGGAGAAGGAAAGAAGGAUGACGAAGAUAACCAUCAAAAGGCGGCAAGUUACUCAGGAACUCCCGUUCACCCUACACAGGCAGGUCCUGUCCAGGCAGCUAACACAGCAGCAUCCUCAGGGAAUCCCACUGCAGCCAACUCAUCUACAACCACACCGCACAUGGUGCCCUCUGCUCCUCAAUCAAACCAUAGUAGCAUAAAUGGGCUUGAAGACUUGCAGGGAAGACAUCAACUUCCCCAUCAAUAUCCCAAGUGUAGGAGUGAUGAUGAUGAAACAGCAAAAAGUGAAGAAACUUUUGACAGGAACACACCCUACAACAUGCAGUCUGUUGAUAGUGAGGAAGAUACUGUUGCACACAGAGUGACCAAGAGGACAGCUGGGCAUUCCAGGUGGAUGGGAAGUAGACCCUCUUCUGUUCGCCAUGCUAAAGAGGAGGCCGCUGAUGGAAGAUGCGAGACCAGUGCUGCUGCAUUGGAAGGAGACUCCAAGAGAGAACCGACAAAGACUGGUGGUCUUUACAACAGAAUGAGGACAACUUUCAAGAGAGCACCUGUGGCACCAAGAUUUCAACGGUUGCAAGACCAGCAGCAGCAAAGGGACAGGCAACAAAAACCAUGAGCUACAAGACCUGAUUUUAUGACUAAGGCUUCAGUAAGGAUGCUAGCUAAGACAGUUAUUAAAGUGGAAGCUACAUGUAUGAGUAUGACUAUACAAAGCUUUAUAGAUAUGUGGUAGUCUUUUAUUGAGGACAGAUACAUUAGAUAUACGACACAGACAACAGUGCUUUGUUUUUCCUUUUAUGGAAACAUAGGAACCUAAGAUGUAAAGACUAUUACUGCUUGUUUGCUGAUGGAAGAGAUGAAGAGCAGCUAGGUUGUUCUUCUGGGGAUGGCUUUCCUAUCCCUCUAAUGUGAAGGUUCCAUGGCCAGCUUUGGGUGUGAAGGUUCACACUACAUUCCUGUGCUUAGGUAAAGUUUACAGCCAGAGAAGUCUUUUUGGGGGGGGGGGUGAUAACCAGCUGACACAGCGGGGUCAAAAUAAAAAAAAACUUUCAAAAAAUAUCAAUAUGAAACUCAUACAGACUUAAAUAUAUGCACAAGUGUGAUUGGGCCCUUAUGUUAGCAGCAAUAUCAAAGGUUGUAUUAGAACUUAGUAUUUACCAUUUUGUUCAAUAUAGUCAUUAUUAAUGUUGUGUAUUUGUAGUAGCUAACAUUUAGUUUUGUUGACAGAAUAGUUUUGAUUCAAGGUUUCUGUUUUGUUGCUCCAGCAAAGACUACUACAAGCAUGCAUGACUAGUGCUCAAAUUGGUGUGGUCUAACAUUUCACUGUACUGCAUUUCUCAGUUUCACAUGAGGUAUAUGCUCUUUUGAUCUCCUUGUGCCAAAAGACUUUUUAAGUUAUAAAUAAAGACUGAACUCAACCAACACUCGGAAGCAUGGGGACUUACUCAAAUUGUAGGCUGACUCAGCCUUGUUCACAGAAUGGCCCGUCUAUGCAGCUACUUCUAGGACAUGACAUUAGAUUUAGAGACAUGUUACUGCAGAAACUGGUUGUGAUUGCUAGAUAACCAAUGUCGCCCUGCCGUCCCUGUUUAAUGUUAGGUGGCAGGCUUUAAAGUAAACAGCUUCCUUCACUCUAUUGCAAAGAAAUCUGUCUUCAAAUGUAGGAUUUUCACUUUGUCCGGCAAAACAGUGUCCUGGAGAUUCUAUGUGAAUAUGUUUAGAUACUUUAUUUGGAGAGAAAAAUUGCGUAAAUCCCAAUUUGUGCCAGUUUUUGUUCUGUUAAGUUCAGUCUUCUUUCAUAAUGUCAUUUACCAAUGCAGAUGAACUAUCGUGGUAAGAUUUUUAAUUUGAUGAAUAUGGUACACGUAAAUGCAUUUUGAUAGGGCUGAAAACAAGUCAAUGAGAGGACAUUUGGCAAAUAAAACAGAAAUGUUGGAAUGGUAA